AUGGUUAGGCAUGCAAUCGUUUCCAAGUUCAACUUAUAUUCAUGUCCCUGGUCUCGCACAGUCAGGUAUCUAGCAGCUCCAUCAAGAACUCAAAAAGAACUAAAUUUUUGUAAUAAAAGUGAAAAGGUAUUCAUUGACAGCCGUAUGUCUGGCCUGUCUUCCAGGGUCCAGACGGCAAGAAAGACUAUGUUAUCCGAGUUCAUCAACUCUUGCCACAUAUGCACACUCGUAUUCGAUGACGAUCUGGGCACCAAGUCCCAAACCCAGACUCACGUGGACACAGGAGUCAUCCAAUCUAGUGCUGCAGGAGGUGUUGGGUAG